AGCAUUCGAUGUGGGCGUGAAGCAGAGAGAGCGAGAGAGAGAGAGAGAGAGAGAGAGAGACGCCCUCGCUUUACAAGGGGUGAACCAUUUCACUCUUCGCCACACUGUGUAACAGGCAACAGGAGAAAAAGCUGCUUGAGUGCUUCUGGAAGUUGAUGGCUAUGUGUGAUGCUCAGACCUCAACAUCGUUUUUCCAUCAGAGUUUUUAAGAUCUGCAUAUGCCAAUGGUUAUACCACACGUAGAAUGGGAUUAACUUGGUCCGGAAAAUAUAUCUCACUGUUUCUUGCUGUUCAGUUAGCUUAUCUGCUACAUGCGGUGAGAGCAACAGGGAAAUGUGAUACAGUAUUCAAAGGGUUCUCCAACUGCUUGCUGAGACUGGGGGAGAAUAUGGCUAACUAUCCACAGGAGCUGGACGAGAAGGAAAAUCUACAGACCAUCUGCACAUAUUGGGAUGACUUCCACUCAUGUGCGACCACUGCGCUGGUGGAUUGCCAAGAGGGAGCAACAGAUCUAUGGGAGAAGCUUAAAAAGGAGUCCAGAAACUUGGAGUUCAGAGGGAGCUUGUUUGAACUCUGUGGCGGGGGGAACGGGGCCUCCAAAUCCACAGUCCCUUUAGGUCUCACCAUACUUCUAACGGCACUUUCCGCCUUAGUGACUUGGCUCUCAUUUUAGCAAAUAGAAAAAUAAAAAAACAAGGCCAAAAAAACAAACAAAGAAGAAGAAGAUAAAAGGGAAAAAAAGUGCUAGCUAUCGACACAAAAAAUAAAAAACAAAAGAGACGUUUGAAUUCAUUUACACCCAAAUGGAUUUAUACUUCAUCCGGGAAAGCGACCUGAUUUUGCUAGAGACAUUGGCGGGUCGUCUUCCGGGACUGGUGCACCAUAUUUGUCUGACCUGGGGUCAAUUACAUUAAAUAUUUAGCAGGUGUUGAGUUGAAAUUAUGAUGACAUUUUGAUGGAUCCUCGCCCGGUUGCAAUCGUGGAAUUACAUAGUAUUAAAGUCGACGAUUAAUUAUUUAUAUUAGUAGCCUAUAGGCCUAGACAUCUGUUAUUUCAGGUGAUUGCAAGCUGCUCAUACUCUGUAGGCUAAUGCGAGGCACGCUUAGCUCAAGGAAAUCUCCAGGUCGGUCUCCAAUAUUCACCAUUUAGAUGUUAUUUACUUUAUUUUGCGAAAUGUAUCAUGGUUGUUUGAGGAUCUGAUGUUUCUACUUUUAGCCUAACCAUCACCCUAGAAAAAAUAAAUAUAAUAUAUCAUAGUAAUAAGAAUGAAAAAAAUUGAACUCAGGAACGACUACAAGAAUUCAAUGGCAGGUUGGUUAUUACGUGAAAAGUAGACUAUGGCAAUACGAUUACUUAAAGUUUGCCAAUGUAGACAACGAAAACAGUGGCUGAAGAGUGAUAUGACUGUUGCCAUUAUGUCGGCCCAUUACCCAUCAAUUUACGAACAAAUAUAGGCUACCCCUAGGGUAUAGCCCACAUGAGACCAUACAUCCCAAAAGUAGGCUAAAGUAGCACGAGAAUACUCAGAAUGCGAAAUCAGUAGUUGGAUGAAGUGAAAUUAAGCUAGCUUUAUUUGAUGUUGCCAAGGCAUAGACCACGUUUCACUGCCUUCAAAAGAUGUGUAUUAUGUUUUUUUGUUUGUUUUUGGGGAUGUUGCAUAUAAUACCUGACUAUUUCUAAUAAUUUAAGUAAAUAAGAGACUAUGUAUAUCAAAGGAAUUAAAUAAAUAUACCGAUACUUUAUCCCAAACAGUUUUAAAAAUAGAUUGAUUAUUAUAUAAAAAAUCUGAUUGCUAAAAGUACGAAGAAUAUGAAAUAAAACAGUUCAUGUUUGAAAAUAAGUGUGUGGUUCAGAUUUUAACAUGUUACUAUUUUUAGUUUUGUUCCAAAAUGUGUAGUCUACAUUAUGCUGCCAAAAGGUGUACAUUGGUGGUGUGUAAAACAGCAUAUCUGAUGUUGGCCUAGCUCAAUGAUGUUGACAGGUGUCUUUGGUAAAAAGAUCUCACGGUCUUUGGAUGUUGGGUUCAUUUAUGGCUUUGAAGCAAACGAGAUGAAGCAGUCAAUCAUUUAAUAUUCACUCGAACACACACACACAUCGAGUCACUUCAUUGAUUUGGGGGAGAGGGGAGAGAAAGCAGCAGGCCAUAUUGCUGUUUGUCUUUCUGGGCAAAAACGUAUAAUCUCAAAGCGACUGGCCACUGUGGCUAGGAAAAAUAGAAACAUUGAAACAGGCUACAGUAUUUAGAAUGUAAAAAAUCCUUCCGUCUCUCGUAUCAAAUUAAAUAUAUCCGAUAAAGCAUCCUAAUGUGCAAACGAUUAGAUGAAAUCGAGAUUAGCAGUGGCAGGCGACAUGCGUUUGCGUUGCAUGAGCCCUAAUGAUAAAUAAAAAAGUAUGUCGCUAACGAAUGAACGUUGUGGGCUUUAGCACAUUAUUCUUUUUAUAUUUAGGCCUAUAGGUCUACGAUCAAAUGUGGUAAAGCAAUAUGAAAUAUAUAUAUUUUUUAAUGUGACUAAUAUUGCGCACAAAUUUCGUAAAUCAGAAGCUAAUUUGUAUUUCCUGUCCCCAGUGGAAUACAGCUUUGAUUUCAAAAGCAUGCUCCUGCAUUAAUAUGGAUGAAAGUUGUAUGAAUGACUGUCUCCCCUUCCAAGAA